AUGUGGAGAUUAAGCUUAUCACCAAAGAAUACUCCGGAGUACUACAGGCAUUCGAGUGGAAAAUUGGGCCUCAUUCAAUCAAACAAGAUCCCUAGACACGGCGCGCGCCUCGAUGCCGCCGACAAAAACUGGCAUCUCACCUCCCCGACUCCCUACGACCCUCCCCUUUCCUACGGUGGCUGGAUGCAGUCUCGAGCCCUCGGGGCUCGUAUCAUAGAUCUGCUCACAUCCCAGGAUGAUUCUCCUUUGAUCACCACCACUGGCUCGCCCCGGUCCCAUAGCAGUUCCGCAAAUGUCUCCCCGGACAGCAGCGCCCGAUCGUCUCCUCAGCCACAGUCUCCAUCCAGACGGAAGCGCAGAGUCAUUAUCCAUACUUCACCGUACCUGCGAUGUCUGCAGACCGCGAUCGCCGUUAGCUCUGGCAUCAGCCAGUAUCAUCCAUCCCCAAAAUCCGACCCUGUAGGUGCAUCGACCGGCCGGGAUGGAAAUGCUGAUGCAACCCCGGAUGUCCAUCGCUCCCUCCUUCGUGUCGAUGCCUUUCUUGGCGAGUGGCUGUCUCCCGACUAUUUUGAAGACAUCACGCCGCCUCCUAGUUCCGAACGUCUCAUCGGAGCCGCCAAAGCAGAACUGUUGCGACGGAGCGUCAAUACGGUGCCCCAAGCGGAUAUCACCAACAAACAACCGACCGGCUACUUUCCUGGGGGCUGGGGCAGCACCUCCACACCUACAUCCCCUAUCCGGGAAGCAGGGCCUCCGCCGACCAACGCCAUUGCCAGAGGUCAGAGAUCUCGGGCUGGUAGCUGUGAUGCGCUGAACUCUGCCCACAGUAUCCGCCCCAAGGGUCUGCUCAGCAGGAUUAAUACCAACCUCUCCUCCAUCCCCGAUGACAGCGCCGGAAGCUAUGUGCCGCCCACCCCAAGUUAUGCCAUCGCUCCCUCGGAUCCCAUCCCCGCCGGAUAUGUUACGCACGCCCGGAAUGCCUGCGCCAACGUGGACUAUCAGUGGGAUAGCAUGCGCACGCCGCAAAGCUGGGGUGAUGGCGGUAAUUAUGGCGAGGAAUGGAGUGCCAUGCACGCGCGCUUUCGUAACGGCUUGGAGAACAUGGUCGAGUGGUAUCAAGAAAAUGACAAUGCACAGUUGAAUCCUCAACAACCGCUGGACGGCUACGAGAAAGACAACGGCAAGAACGAGGAUGACAGCGACGAUGCAGUGGAAACUGUAUUGGUUCUGAUCACGCAUGGCGCUGGCUGCAACGCGAUGGUUGGGGCUUUGACCGGUGAGCCCGUGUUGCUGGAUUUCAACACGGCAUCUCUCACCAUGGCAGUACGCGAGGACGCUUCUGAGGACACACCGGGUGUGAAGCCCCGUUACCGGUCCGCGAGCGACCCAUCCCGCCUCCUGGCAUAUGACCUGAAAUUAGCCGCAUCGGUUGAUCACCUCCGUCCUCCAGCAAAGCACACAACGCGGGGUGGCUCGUCGACCUUGUCGUCACCAGUCACUUUGUCUUCUCCGUCGGUGCCUUCUUACCGUCAUCGGGCGACGUCCCGGUCGUCCCUAUCGCAGGGGCAGUUCAUUAUCGGACCAUCGACGCCGGCUAUCAUGUCCGUCCUCGAGACUGGUGGCUUGUCCGUCACCCAUUCGUCCCAGCGGACAAAGUGUCCGGAUCUGCGUCUUCUCCAUUACAACGAUGUCUACCAUGUCGAACCUGGGUCCGCAGAGCCAGUCGGUGGUGUCCCUCGCUUCCAAUCCGUCGUCAACUACUACCGUUCCCACCCCCGCUUCACCGAUCAACCUGAGCUCCUCACCUUCUUCUCCGGCGAUGCCUUCAAUCCGAGUCUCGAGAGUACCGUCACAAAGGGCAGGCACAUGGUACCUUUUCUAAACAAGGCAGGGACAGAUGUGGCAUGUAUGGGUAACCAUGAUCUUGACUUUGGUGUCGCCCAAUUCCGACAUCUGCGCAGUCAAGGGAAGUUUCCCUGGCUGCUGGCGAAUGUCCUCGACCCAGCGUUGGGCGAGGGUGUGCCCAUCGCCAAUUGUGAGCAAACGGUGAUGUUGACUGCGUCCAAUGGGCUCAAGGUUGGUGUGCUUGGACUGGGUGAGAGAGAAUGGCUUGAAACAAUCAACGCCCUCCCGCCUGACCUCAUCUACAAAUCUGCCACCAAAACUGCUCUCGAACUUGCUCCCCGUCUCCGCGAACAAGGCGCUGAUCUGAUCGUGGCGGUCACACAUCAACGAGAACCAAAUGACAACAAACUGGCUAACAACCUCCCGCCGGGAACCGUGGAUAUCAUCUUGGGAGGCCACGACCACUUUUACGCCCACUCGAUUAUCAACGGAACCCACGUUCUCCGAUCCGGAACAGACUUCAAGCAGUUGAGCUACAUCGAAGCAUGGCGGAAACCGGAUGGCUCUGGAUGGGACUUUAGCAUUGAUCGACGUGAUAUGAUUCGAGCAAUCCCGGAGGAUCCCGCUACGGUGAACCUGGUGGCGCGUUUGACCUCGAGCCUCAAAGCGAAACUGGAAAAACCGAUCGGCUUCACAGUUCGUCCGCUAGAUGCUCGGUUCUCUACGGUUCGGCAAAGGGAAUCCAACUUGGGCAAUUUUGUUUGUGACUUGAUGCGUCACUACUACGCUGCUGACUGUGCAAUGAUGGCCGGAGGUACUAUGCGCGGGGAUCAGGUUUACCCACCCGGAGUCAUACGAUUGAAGGACAUCCUAAACUGCUUUCCAUUUGAGGAUCCUGUAGUCUUAGUGCGUGUCAAAGGCGAUGCGCUCUUCGAAGCACUGGAGAAUGGUGUCAGUCAACUUCCUGCUAUGGAAGGCCGCUUCACUCAGGUAUCCAAUAUUGCUUUCGGGUUUAAGCCAUCUGCGCCACCUGGGUCGCGUAUCACCUGGGCCAAGGUUGGCGGCAAACCCAUCGACUACGACCACAAAUAUGCUCUAGCGACGAGAGGGUACAUGACUCGUGGCAAGGAUGGUUUCGCGUCGCUAUUGACGCAGUCUGAAGGGGGUGAGGUAGAGGAGGUAGUCGAUGAGGAGAGCGGAGUACUCCUCAGCACGAUUCUCCGACAAUACUUCCUGAGUUUGAGGGUCAUGGGCCGGUGGCAACGUUGGAGUAACAGUAUGGCUCGGCACUGGGAUGGUGUUCACAAAGGACUCCACUGCAACGGCCGGGUGAAACCCCCAUCAGCAGGCCCAUCACCUGUUUCAGAAAAGGUACCCGCACAACCACAACGCCCCGGUCUGUCGCGGACCAGCAAAGCGUACUACUAUGGUCGAUUCCCCCAGAUCGCUGCGAUAGAAGAGGACGCAGAAGCCGAGGCCGAAGCGGAAGAGGAUGUCAUGGACUCGGACUCUGAUGAUGAUCCGGAGAUCUUGACUACGCCCCAACCCAUAACCAACUACGUGACACUUCCGGCGCAGUCUGCCGCGGAAGAAGAAUAUCGACUUCGACUCGCGCGUCAGGUGCUGCGUAAGUGGAUGCGGAAGACGGGAUUGCGCUCGUCGCGACUGGAUGCUUUGGAUCAAGGUGAGGGUGAAUUCGAAUACAGUCCUGCGUGGACGCAGGGCAUUGCACCACGACUAGAGGGACGGAUUGUGAUCGAGGAGUGA